UAUAGAAGUUGAUUGCGGUUCCGUCGUGCGCGCUCCGAGCUGCGCCUCUCGCGUCCACACCGCCCCAAAGUAACGCGCUGUCCUCGGGUCCGACUCUUUUACACACUGACUCAACUUGUGCCAGCGCAAAGCGAGCCAAAAACAGCUCUUCCCAUUUGCUUUUGUGACAGAAAACAACAGCUGAUGUGGAAACUCCUUCUUUUACAGCCGUGCCCUUCUCACCGCGUCCUGCACACGAUCCUUACAUAAUAUUUUCACCACAGAUAGACCGAUCGUGCAGUGCAAUGGCAGCGUUCUCUGGAAGAAGCUAACUUGAAGACUUGGCCACAACAUUUUACCAGGAAGACAUCACAUUCUCUUGUACCAUGGGUUCUGCUCCUCAUAACUUCACGUGGGUGGACCAGGGGAAGGUGGCGGGCCUGGCUCUGCCCCGGUACCCGGCUGAGUACAGGUACCUUGUGGAGAACGGCAUCAAACACCUGGUUUCUCUGACAGAGCGACGCCCACCCAACCACGACUCCUGCCCAGAGCUCACGCAGCACCACCUGAAGAUCACAGACUUCACGCCCCCUUCGCCCGCACAGAUCGACAACUUCCUCAGCAUCGUGGAGAAGGCCAACGCCAAAGGAGAGGGCGUGGCGGUGCACUGUAUGCACGGCUUUGGCAGGACGGGCACCAUGCUGGCGUGUUAUCUCGUCAAAACCAGGAAACUGUCCGGGAUCGACGCCAUCAACGAGAUCAGGAGGAUCCGGCCGGGCUCCAUCGAGACGCACGAGCAGGAGAAGGCUGUGGUGCAGUUUUACCAGAGAACCAAGAUUUAAACAAGACAAAUGAAAGAAAAGUUUUUAGUCUGCAAAAACUUUAGCAAUAUGAAUAUUUCUAUGUAACUGUUUUAUAUACAGUAUACGCCGUCC